UUGUCAGUCAGUGUUGAAUAUUUAGCGAGUUCAGACCCCUCCAGCGACUUUUGUUGGUAAAAGAGGUUAGCAGCUACUGUUCAGGUUGCCAUUGGGGAGUUUUGCCAACGGUUUGAGAGUUUCUAUGGUUUUGAUAGCAUUUAGAGAGUUUUCCCACAGAAAAUUCUGGAGAAGCUGUCUGUGCAACGGAAGUUACCGCAACAGCGCACAGGCAGAAAAGCACAAGGGGAGGGGACGGAAAACGCUCCGUCGGGGACUGCAGCGGUGCCACAGCAAGGCAGGUUGGUGCUGUGACGUCGUCGCGUCAACUGAAAAACGUAAAAACACCGCUGUCUGUCACGCGCUCCGGUAGACGGAGAGAGAGGGCUUGAACAGGGGGACCAUGAUGGUGAUACCGUGGCUGCUUCUCCUUGAGAUGGGCUUAUACGCCAGUUCUUUCGUGUGUGGGAUAGUCACGGCAUCUUCUCUCACUAUCGUACAGGGUAGCUUCGGGGGGCUCUGUAUGCUCUAUGGAACAGUGAACCAUAACUCCUCAUCAGGCUCCAUAUUGGUCCAGACCUCCAGCUCUCCUUCUCUCUGUUACUUUGUCUCUGCUAUCUCAGUGUGUGUAGCAGUGUUCUGUUUCUCUAUAUCACUGUACUGGAUAUAUACAUGCUGCCUGGAUGGAGGGGUUAACAGAGAGCGUCUAUGGCUCAACGUGACCCUGGUGGUGUGUGGCGUGUUUCUCUUCUUCCUCCUGGUGACGGGCUGUGUGUUGAAGGUCGGAAGAGACUCUCUGUGUGACUCUGUCCUACACGCUGUCCCCAACGUCACCAGAUGUGAACAGGCUCAGUCUAGGACCUGGAUCAGUCCUUACACGGGAACGCAGUUCUACACUGGACUGUACAACGCAGGGACAGCAGUGUGGGUGAACUUAUUUUUCUGGAUUCUGAUUGGCAUACUGGUGGUGAUCCAGAGAGGUCAAGGGUCAGAUUCCAGAAUGAUGACGCCCUCUGAGACCGAACGUCUUUUCCCAGGCCAGGCCCAGCAGCAGUGACUCAUAACCGUCUCGCCGUACGACCUGUUGGCGAGGCGCUCAAACACACACACACAUAUCUAACACUCCUCACUGUUUGACCUGUAAGAGAAUGAAUGAACCGUGUGUGUGUGUGUGUGUGUGUGUGUGUGUGUGUGUGUGUGUGUGUGUGUGUGAGGCUGUGUAGGUCUCUCACACAGUCACUCUUCUACAGCUGUUCCUGGGCUCGGUGUGUGUGUGGACCUCUGGGUACUGCAGCCUAGUGAAGCAGAGAUGGUCUACACUGGAAUAAAUAAUAUUAGAUAUGGUGUGACAUGUAAUGUCACUGUUCACCUGGUUUUGAAACAGUGUAACUGAGAACAAUUCAUGUACCUUUUUGUGAAGCUCUUAUACAUUUCUCUGUGGUCCCUCCAUCCGCAGUCCUUUAGUUCUUGUAUUUUGGGAGAGAGGUGUGUGUGUGUGUGAGUGAGUGAGACUGGCUUACAGGGACAUCAAUUGUCUCAGAUAAUAUCUCUCCGUGUGUGUGUGUGUCCACUCAAGACCACAGACAAACCAAGUCACAGUCGGCAUUGUCACACUGUCCUACGCAAACACACACUAAGAUUCCUUCCUGGUUAUUAAGAAGCCAUUUUGUUACAUCAUUCUCUUUCUGCCUGCAAUUAUUUGUACUUUUUUUAAUGAAUAUUGAAAAGCAAAUAUGUGUUUUGAUUUGAGUGAGGUAUUGAUGUUUUUUUACAGAACUUUCUAAAACAGUUAUCGACCAAUAACAGUAGGUGUGAGCAGAGCAUCUUGACCAAUAAAGACGCAUUGGUUUGUCAGA